UAGAAGGUACCCAGCCCAGGAGAAGCAAGAAGUUUCUAGACCUGCGUUCCCGGCUUAUUAAGCUCUCCGCUCCACUCAGCGGCUCUGGCUGAGAGCCUGGACGGCCUGGGCGGACGGUGGCUGGCUGAUCUCUGCUCAGCAGCCGCCAUGGCUGAUGGUCAGAUGCCCUUCCCCUGCCAUUACACGAGCCGCCGGCGCCGGGACCCCUUCCGGGACUCACCCCUGUCCUCCCGCCUGCUGGAUGAUGGCUUCGGCAUGGACCCCUUCCCCGACGACUUGACUGCCUCUUGGCCCGACUGGGCCCUGCCUCGACUCUCCUCCGCCUGGCCGGGGACCCUGAGGUCGGGCAUGGUGCCCCGGGGGCCCUCUGCUGUGGCCAGAUUUGGGGUGCCUGCCGAGGGCAGGAGCCCACCCCCCUUCCCCGGGGAGCCCUGGAAAGUGUGUGUCAAUGUGCACAGCUUUAAGCCGGAGGAGCUGAUGGUAAAGACCAAGGACGGAUACGUGGAGGUGUCUGGUAAACAUGAAGAGAAGCAGCAAGAAGGUGGCAUUGUUUCCAAGAACUUCACAAAGAAAAUCCAGCUUCCUGCAGAGGUGGAUCCUGUGACAGUAUUCGCCUCGCUUUCCCCAGAAGGCCUGCUGAUCAUCGAAGCCCCCCAGAUCCCCCCUUACUCACCAUUUGGAGAGAGCAGUUUCAACAACGAGCUUCCCCAAGACAGCCAGGAAGUCACUUGUACCUGAGACCCCAGUCUUGGCCCUUCCUUGUUCCCUCCCCAACCCCUGGGCUUCUUUGAUACCAGGAUACAUUACUUUAGCUGAACUCAUAGAUUUAGUGCGACUGAAAUGUUGGGGGUCAGGGUGGAUUGACCAGAUUCCCUGGAGAGUGUGAUAGUAGGUUUUUCCGCAAGAUGGCGCAAUUGGCAGGUCGUGUUCCGCUGCAUUAGGCCAAGAUGCUGGGAGUUUUUCUUUCUUUACCUUUUCUAUUGUGAUGAAAAUGUUGCACAUUCUACAGCUGCAAAACAAAUAAAAGGGGACAUAACAUUUCACAUUGUAUCUUACCUUGCAGCUAAUGCAAGAGUUGCUUUUCUCUGGGGACCUCCCCGUCACCCAGGUUCCCAUUCUGGGCUCCCAGGGUCCAUGCCUGCCCCAGGGUUUGGUUGACAGAGCCCAAUAGCUCACCCCACUGUGUUUCUGCAGACCUGGUUUACACAGGGUUAUAGACAGGUCUUACAUCCCCCAUAUGGGAUUUAUCCAACAACCACAUGAAAACAAGCAGUGCCGUCUGCCACCCAGGCAUUUAUAGCAUGUUCCCAAGCUGGCACUCCUCAAGGACUCUGGGAGCCCCUUAGUUUAUUCUCUGGCUAAAGUCCCCCCUUUCUUGUGUCUCCUAUGUCCAAGUCGGGAUUUUUUACAGAGGGGGCUGUCUCCAGACAGCUCCACCAGGAACCAAGCAAAGGCCAGACUGCCUGGCAGGCAGACUAGUGGUACUGUGUAUAUGGGUGGGACACGUGUGUCAUUGUUAUUUGAAUUGUGCUGUUGUUUAGGGGAAAAUAACAGUAAAUAAUAAUAAAGGAGCUGAUGUUCUUA